AUGCCAGCACUAUUAAAAAGACUAUUGUUCCAAGUAGGUCCUCAUCCAAACGAAAGAACAUUCACCUUAUCCUCUGCCUCAACUGAUGGGCACUACAUUUCUUUGAGACCUUUUGUCAAACCAAGUGAUAGUGAGAUAGCUUUCCCAUUCGAGUGGGCCUUUGCCGGUACAAAUGAAACGGUUAAAGUUAAUGAUCAAGGUGACGGUAUCGUUACCCAGGAUUUCAACUUCUGGUUGGAUACAAAUGUAUACUUGAAUGUUCCAAACACUCAUCGUGGUGAAGUAAACACCCGUUGGAAAAAUUGGGAUUCUGGUUGUGUCGAAGAGACAGGUGCUGUUUACCCAUUCGGUGCCGACAAGGAAAGUGUCUCUUUCAGAGAAUUGUGGCAACCAGUUGACCCAUCAAGAGAAGAUCUAGUCAUCGUCUCGCCAAACAAUGAAAAGUUUUCAUCAGAUGCCAAGUCAAUUGUCCUCAAAGUUGUCGACGAAGCCUAUGAUGGUUUAGUUAUCGUUAUCGGUAGAUGGAUUCAAGGGUUUUUGUCCAAAAAGAAUGAAAAUACUAUUGAAGGUUUGAACUUCAUCAGAUUAUUGGAAAAAGAUUCCGGUAAAUUUGAAUCCUUGUUAAGCUACGGUAAGGAAGUCAAGAGAAUUCCUCAGAGCUACGAAAAUUUGAAAAAAGGCUCCACUGUAACCAGCGAGGGAUUGAAAUGGGAAGUUAUUGAGUAUCACGCUUAA